GCUUUCUUUCUCUUGGACCUCCUCCCUUUUUGCGUGACCACCGCGUUUCCGUUGGGUUUUUUUCAUCUAUUCCCAAAAAAAAUCGCGAGAGAAAAAAAAAGGAAAAGAAAAAGAAAUCAGCUUCGCCACCAUCACAGCACCGUGGGCGACGAAAGAUCCCUGCUCCCUUCUUCACGCUCCCUUCUUCUUCUCUCUCUCGCUCCUCCACAUCUUGUAUCCUUUUCCUUUCCUUGUUCAUUUAAUUGAUAACAAGGUACAUUAUGUGAUUUCGUGAUUCUUGGAUGAGUAAGUGAUGACUACCAACAAAAAUACAGAGUCUUCUAAGGGAGAUGGCGGUCCUCCGCCUCCACCUCCUCCUCCAGCACCAGGACAGCUUGAAAAUCUGCGUUUUCACGGUGGCAAUGCGAUUUUCAAGAGCGGGCCGCUUUUUAUUUCAUCCAAAGGAAUUGGAUGGACAUCCUGGAAAAAAAGGUGGUUUAUUCUGACACGGACAUCACUGGUUUUCUUCAGGAGCGAUCCGAGUGCUAUUCCUCAAAAAGGGAGUGAAGUGAACCUGACCCUCGGUGGUAUUGACCUCAACAAUUCAGGCAGUGUGGUUGUCAAAGCAGAGAAAAAGCUCUUGACUGUUCUCUUUCCUGAUGGCCGGGAUGGACGGGCAUUCACUCUCAAGGCCGAAUCUUCUGAAGAUUUAUAUGAAUGGAAGACUGCUCUUGAGAAUGCCCUGGCACAGGCACCAAGUGCUUCUCUUGUGAUGGGGCAAAAUGGUUUCUUCCAGAAUGAUCAGGCUGAUGGAACUGAUGGUUCCUUGGAACAGUUGAAGGAUAAGCAGCCAGUAAAAUCCCUGGUCAUUGGCAGACCAAUUUUACUUGCUUUAGAAGAUGUUGAUGGAUCUCCAUCUUUUCUGGAGAAGGCUUUAAGGUUUAUAGAAGACCAUGGAAUAAAGGUGGAAGGCAUCUUGCGGCAAGCUGCAGAUGUUGAUGAUGUUGAGCAUCGAAUUAAGGAAUUUGAACAGGGAAAAACUGAGUUCUCUCCGAAGGAGGAUGCACAUGUCAUUGCUGAUUGUGUCAAGUAUUUCCUUCGAGAGUUGCCAUCAUCUCCAGUCCCCACAUCAUGCUGCAAUGCACUGCUAGAAGCAUGUCGAACUGAUCGUGGGAGUAGGGUAAAUGCCAUGCGGGUUGCAAUAUGCGAAACGUUCCCAGAGCCAAAUCGUCGCUUAUUGCAGAGAAUUCUUUUAAUGAUGCAAACUGUGGCCUCUCACAAAGCUGCAAACCGAAUGAGCACAUCUGCUGUGGCUGCUUGUAUGGCUCCCUUACUUCUUCGUCCCCUUCUGGCCGGUGACUGUGAAAUUGAAUCCAAUUUUAAUGUGGGUGGUGAUGGUUCCAUCCAGCUUCUGAAAGCAGCUGCUGCAGCUAAUCAUGCACAAGCCAUUGUUAUAACAUUAUUGGAAGAGUAUGAAAAAAUAUUCAGUGAAGGUUCCAUGUCUCCAGGACUGUACUCUGACUCAGAUGAAUGUAGAAGUGAGGAUGAGGAGGUAACUGAUGAUGAUGAGUCUUAUGUAGAUGAUGCAACGGAAGAAUCUAAUGUAUAUACAGAUGAAGAUCAUGACAAUGCAUCAAGUGGAACCUGCACUCAGAGUGGUGAAUCUGGCGAAGAUGAUCUGUCUGACUAUGAGAUGCAGGGCAGUAAUGAUUGUAAUUCUGGUUCCAAGUCCCCUGAACCUGAAGCAGACAAUGAUUUGAAAGUUGAACAAAAGUUGUCAUCAAGUCCAGUUCAAACCUCAUCACAUCGACAUGAUAACGUAGAAAAGAGGGAGGAUAUUCCAGAUCAAAGUAACAACAGUUUGGCAAUGCUGUCAGAUAAGUCAGAUGACCUGUCUGUAGAUGUUUCUACCGAAACAAGUUUCAAGAAUAAGAAUGCUGAUCACAAGGCAUCCCCAGAUGCUAAAAAACCUUCAACUAUAUCAAAUGGACCUGUGCGUGGAAAGCGUCCAACUGUUUGGGGACGUACAUCUGCCAAGAAGAACCUUUCCAUGGAAUCCAUUGAUUACCCUAUUGAGGAUGAUGUUGAAAUCCAGAAGCUGGAGGCAAGUAGAAUUGAGUUGCAAAAUAGAAUUUCUGAAGAGAUCAAAGGUAAUGCCAUUCUGCAAGCCAAGUUGGAAAAACGAAAGAAGGCUUUGCACGAGCAUCGUCAAGCUCUCCAGCAAGAUGUGGCAAGACUACAGGAACAGCUGCAAAAGGAGAGAGAUAAGAGAAAAGUUCUAGAAGCAGAACUUAACACUUCUAAAGGACCCUUGCAAGUUCCAGUAACAAUUGAUGAAAAUAUAAGGGCAGGUCUUGAGGAAAUAACUCAAGCAGAUGCAAAUGUUGCCAAUUUGAAGUGGAAGGUCAUUGAUGCAGGUGCACAGUUUAAUCAACAGCAUGAGCAACACUCUGGUUCUAUGCAUGGUUUGAUCAAUCAGCCCAUGAAUGCUUCGUUGCAUGAAGCCAAAUGGAAUGAACAGAAGGAUGCUGAAGCUACUGGUACUUCAUUUAGACGUCCUGCAAGCAAGGAUACGUGUAUGGAUGGGACUGAAACCCAGCAGCUGGAUUCAGCACAUAGUGGCAACUCCAGGCUCGUUUCUUCAACCAAUUUCAAGAGGUCCAGUACAAGGAGUGAGGGAGUGAAUUCCACCACUUCUGCAUUGACAAGAUUGACUACCCGACUCAACUUUCUGAAGGAACGCCGUAGCCAGAUUGCAAAUGAAAUCCAGAAUAUGGACAAGGGCCGAGGUCCAGAUCAAAACCUGGAGAAGAGCCGGGGUUCAGAAAUACCUUCUUUUCAAAAUCUAGAAAAAGAUAAAGGAUUGGGAAAAGAGGGGAAACCGCUCCAGAAUUCCAAAAAAUCUACAGCAUCAGAUGUCCAGUCACUCCAGGACCUAGAUGGUGGACGAUAUUCCGAAGGUGUUGUUCCUCCACGAAGUUUGCAAAGCAAAAGGUCCUACAAUGCAGGCAAAGGCCAACCUCUAGUGCCUCCGAGGAUUAAUUCAAGAUGAUAUAUGGAUUAUCAUUCUGUGCCCAUGGGACAUAGCUUAUGCCCUCAGCAAUUUGUUUGAGACAGGCAUCGGUAAUUAGAGUCUUGCGAGAUAGCAGAGCUGCAAGGUUGAUUAUGCCCUAUCAACGAGAUGCCCAAAAUUCCUGACAGCACUUUAAGUGCAUGAUAUGUACAUAUUAACAAUCUCCUUUAUGUAAGAUGACUUGAUGUAGUUGCUGAAUCUUGCUGGUUCAGAGAUGAUUCAGGAUUCAUAAAAUCCUUUGUAUUGUCAAAUGCAAUUUUUCUUGUAGUUGGAGUCGCUUGGCCUGGGGCUGUCCUCCCUUUUUUAUUUUUGCCCUAUCA